CCCCCUCUUUCUCCAUCAACGGAAUAUCAGAAAUGGCGACGGAAACCAUCAAGCCAUCGGUGCAUUUGACCAACAUCGACGAAGUCAAGAAAGUCUUCAGCCGUUUCGACACCAAUGGCGACGGCAAGAUCUCUGUUGAGGAGCUCGUCCACGUCAUGAAGGCACUUGGAUCCAACAUCUCUGCCGAGGAGGUGGAGAAAGUGAUGACUACCAUAGACACAGACUGUGAUGGCUUUAUUAACUUGGAGGAGUUCGCCGGAUUCUGCAAAGGAAACGCCGAUGAACAAGACGGAGGGAUCAAGGAGCUUGAAGAAGCGUUUCAACUCUACGAUUUGAACAAGAACGGGUUGAUCUCCUCGACUGAGUUGCAUCAGAUCUUGACUCGGUUGGGGGAAAGAUGUACGGUUGAUGAUUGUGUGACGAUGAUCAAAUCGGUAGAUUCAGACGGUGAUGGUUUUGUGAACUUUGAGGAGUUUAAGAAGAUGAUGUCGAACAAUUCAUCCAAUGGCGACGCCGGACCGUAGAACAGUAAGUUCCGAUGCCGUUGUAAUUUGCAGUGUAGCCUGCAUCUUCUUCUGCUACUUUUUUUUUCUGUUGUAGAAUUUGAAUAACUCCGAUGACAAUUUGGGGAUUAUGCAUGAUUGAACCAAAUUAAUGUGAUGAUGAUGUGUAAGAUGAAGAUGAAUCAGAUAUUAGAUCAAAUAUGGAAGGAAUUGGUGUUGAAUGGAGUUAAUGACACAUUCAUCUC